CAGACUGACACCGAACGCGAGUUAAUAUUAUUUUAUAACAAAAAAAAAAAAAAAAAAAAAAUCAAAUUAUUUUAUUAUUUAACCUUAAAAAACGUUAUUUAUAUUUACAAAAUUAUAAAUAAUUUUUUUUUUUGUUUUUUUGGUUGAAUGUUUUUGGUUAAAUAAUUUGAGUCAACUGUCAUUAUUUGUUUUUUUUUUGUUACCUGUCAUUAAUGACGGUUUUAUAAUAUAAUUUUGAUAAUUAAAUUUUGAUAAAAUUUGUUGUUUGUUUAAAAUUAUAUUUGAAAAAUAAAAUUAUAAUAGAAAAUAGAAUGUAAUUUUGAUGGAGAGAAGAGAGAGCUUGUGGCGCUCCCGCGAUUUGUAAACGCUUGAUCCAUAAUGGUGGUCUUUUCGGGGUGCUCCUUGUGUCACAUUUAGGGAUGUUAAUAAAAAAUAUAUUAAAAGUUAUCAGUUGGUGGUGAAGUGGUAACAGCAUGGGGAUUCAUCCCCUGGAAACUUUUAUCUGGAUUAAUUGUCAACAUUGACAUGGAUUAUUGAGUGAAUUCUAAAUUAAUUAAAAAAAAAAAAUUAAAACAAAUUAUUAAUAACUAAAGAAAAGAGAGAAAAAAGUACCUAUUUUUUUUAUACAAUUUUGUUAUUUAUUUAUUAAUUUAAUAUAGGUAUAUAUUUUUUUUUUAAAUAACAAAAUUAUAGAAGAGUUAAAAGUGAACAAAUUUAAAAUAGUUAAUAAAUUUUUUUUCGUGUAUAAUUAAAUUAAAAAAAAGUGUGUGUGUAAUGCAAAAUGCAGAAACGUGACGGUACAAGAGGUGACAAGGAUAUCACCAGAAUUGGUGAACGUGAACGUGAACAGGAGGCUGCUAAAAGAGCAUCAAGAACAAGUGGAAAUGCAACAAGAUCCAAUAUGCAUUCAUCACGACAUAGUGUUACAUCAACAUCUGGUGUACUUAUGGUUGGACCCAAUUUUAGAGUUGGUAAAAAAAUUGGCUGUGGUAAUUUUGGGGAACUUAGACUUGGAAAAAACCUCUACAAUAAUGAGCAUGUGGCAAUUAAAAUGGAACCAAUGAAAUCAAAGGCACCACAGCUUCAUUUAGAAUAUAGGUUUUACAAAUUAUUAGGUACACAUGUUCAUAACACACAUAUAGAAGGUGUACCGGAGGUAUAUUACUUCGGUCCAUGUGGUAAAUACAAUGCACUGGUUAUGGAACUUCUUGGUCCAAGUCUUGAAGACUUAUUUGACUUGUGUGGGAGAAGAUUUACGCUUAAAACUGUUCUCAGUAUAGCCACCCAACUUCUUCAUAGGAUAGAGUUUGUACACAGUCGACAUUUGAUUUAUCGUGAUGUCAAGCCUGAAAAUUUUCUUAUUGGACGUAGUACAACUAAAAGAGAUAAAAUUAUUCAUAUCAUCGAUUUUGGAUUGGCCAAAGAAUACAUAGACUUGGAAACAAACAAACAUAUACCUUAUCGGGAACACAAAAGUCUUACGGGUACAGCACGUUAUAUGAGUAUAAAUACUCAUCUUGGAAAAGAACAAAGUAGAAGAGAUGAUUUGGAGGCACUUGGUCACAUGUUCAUGUAUUUUUUGCGUGGUAGUUUACCUUGGCAAGGACUUAAAGCAGAUACAUUAAAAGAACGUUAUCAAAAAAUUGGUGAUACAAAACGUGCAACACCAAUUGAAAUAUUAUGUGAAGGUCAUCCAGAAGAAAUGGCAACAUAUUUACGUUAUGUACGAAGAUUGGAUUUUUUUGAAACACCUGAUUAUGAAUAUUUACGUAAAUUAUUUCAAGAUUUAUAUGAACGUCGUGGUUUUGUACAUGAUGGUGAAUUUGAUUGGACGGGAAAAACAAUGUCAACACCAGUUGGAUCUAUGCAGACUGGACAUGAAAUUGUUGUAUCACCAAACAGGGAUAGACAUGCUGCAACCUACAAGGAUGUGGCUGGUGGCGGGGUGGGAGGAGGGGGCGGUAAAGGGGUGGGAACAACAUGGCCUGAUACAGUGAAGCAAUCAGGUGCUGGUGGUACAUUGACGCCUGCUGACAGACACGGCUCAGUUCAGGUGGUGUCAUCAACAAAUGGAGAACUUGCAAAUGAUGAUCCAACAGCUGGACACUCAAACACACCAAUAACAGCACCUCAAGAAGUAGAAAUGAUCGACGAAACCAAUGUUUGUUUUAUUUCCAGAUGUUGCUGUUUUUUCAAACGUAAGAAGAAAAAAAGUGGACGACAAAAAUGACUGUCAGUUACUGUUGGUCACAGUGGCACAGUACAAUGUGCUAAUAAUAGUGAAGUUAUUGAUAAUGAAACAAGAAAUAAUAAUGAUAACGGUGGUAUUAUUAUUGUUAAUGAUAAAUAUAAUAAUGGUGAUACCGAUGAUAAUGGUGAUAAUGAACGUGAAGCUGUUAAAUUAUUACGUGAUUUUAGUUGUUCAGCAUCACGUGAAUCGGUGCUACAUACAACUGUAACAUCAACACCACCACCAACAACAACAACAACAAAUUGAGACACUAAAUAAAUAUUAUUAUUAAUAAUAAAGAAGAAAAAAAAAAACAUUAAAUUUAAAUGAAAAUUAAAAUAAAUAAACAACAAAAUAAACUGAAUAAAAUUAAUUUUUAAAAGUAAAUUAAAUUAAAUUAAAUUAUGUAAUACAACUACAACAACCACAAAAAAAAAUAACCACAAACUGCUGUUUUAUUGAUUAUCAUUAAAAUUAAAUCAUUAUCAUCAAUGAGUCGUUGGUGUUGUCCACAUUAUAUUCGACAUUUUAAAAAAAAUUAUAAUAAAUAAUGAGCUACAUUUAUAUUUUUUAUUUUAUUUUUUUUUAUUAGUUUAAUUAAUUUCAGUCUGAUUUUAAAGUGACUCUUUUAAUUAUUAUAUUAAUUUAGUUGUUUAUUUUUUAUUUUUAUUUUUUUCUAUUGUUUUAUCAAUAGCAUUGUUGUUAAUAAAUUAUUAAAAAUAGAAAAAAAGCUCAUUUCAACAUUUUAAUAAUUCAUAAGAUAAUGAAAGAAUUAUUUGUGAUUUCAUUUUUAUUUUAUUUACCUAUUUAGAAUGAACUUUUGAUGUUGAAAAAUAUCAUCAAGAGUUUAAUGAUAAUUUAAACAUUUAAAAACCAUUUACACAUACACAAACACACGGUUGAUGUUUUUAGGCAAUCAUUUUUUUAUAAUAAAAACAAGUCAGUUGAUUAUCAAAAUAAAAAAAAAUUAAUCAGUCACUUGAUAUUUGUGAAAUAUAUAAUAUAUAUUAUAUAUAUUAUUAUUUAUUUAUAUAUUUUUUUUAUUUUUUUUUUCAACAAGUGAUUGAGUGAUGUAUAUUUAAAUCCAACUUUUUAUGAAAAUAUUUACACAUUAUAUGUUUUUUAUCAAAGGCAAAAUGAUAAAUAAAUUUAAUAAAUAAAUCAUGUAUGUUUAUGGCAAUGUGAGAAUGCUAUGUUUGCAUAUAAAAGCCAAAUAAUAAAUAACAACAAAAAGAUAUAUAAUUAAUCAUUUUUUCAUUCAAUAGAUAUUAAUAGUUAAACAAUUUAAUUUGUUAUUAAUUUUACACAGCGUUUUGCAUUAUCAAAGGAAAAUUUUCAAACGAUCUCUGACAGAUCUUAUGUGUACUUAUGAUAAAAUCCCCAUCAAAGAAAAAUCAUUGAAUUUCAGCUAUUUAUUCUUUUAAAUUUAAUGAAACAUAAGCUUUUCAUAAAAUAUCUACCCACAUGUUCAUAGUUAUUUUUUUUUUUUAUAACAAUCUUUUUUUUUUCUUAAAUAAUAAUUAAAAAAUGUAAAAAAACAUUUCAAUUAUUUUUCAUUUUACGUUUAAUAAAAUUAUUUAAAAAAAAAAAAACGAAAUACACGACUGUCUGCUGGUUGGGUACGGUCUUUUUUAAACAACAACAAAUGUGAUUUUAUUUUUUAUUUCUUGAAUGAAAAAAUAAACGUAAAAUGUAAAUUGAAGAAAAAUUAAUUAUCAAUUUUAAACUGGAAUAAAUAAAUUUAUUUGUAUAUCAAUGUCAGAGUCUGUUGAGGUAUCAAAUAAUGUACUGCGUAUUUUUUUUUUAUAAUGAAUGAGUCAACUAUUUUUAUAAUCGAUUGACCAUAUAAAAAAAUAUCAACUUUCCUAAAAAAAAUAUUAUUAUUUUCAUUAUUUUUCAUUUAAUAUUUUUUUUUUUAAAUAAAAAAGUAAAUAAAAAUAUAAAAUGCCUUGAAUAAGCAGAGUGGAUAAUAUUAUCAUGAUAUCAACAAAAUAAAAUUUUAUAUAAUGAAAGCUAAAAAAGAAUAAAAAAAAAAACAAUUAAGAUUAAAUUUUAAAAAAAAACAAUUCUAAUCCAUGAUAAGAAAUAUUAAUAAUAAUAAUGUUAAAUUAAAAAUAAUAUGCACUUGAGCUUGUUUGAAUUAUA